CUUCAUAGGGUGUAUGUAUUAUAGAAAUAAUUUUAAUUAUCUCACAAUUAUUGGCAACACCUCUAUCACUAACUAAUAAUUCAAUAAAAGUGAGUUAAUUGCAAUAAUAUAAUGUAGCAUGGAAAAGAAGUGGGACAAUUAACAAAAUUAAAUGCAAUAAUCUUCAAGCCAAGGAAAAUCCCAAGAGUAAAAGCAAAUAACAAUUAUUCUUUUUUUCCUAAAUUUAAAUUCCAUUUUACUUGCAAGCAACCCCUUCUCUUCCCCUACAAAAUUAAACCAUCUCUAUAUAAAUGUCACAAUACUCAAUGCAUUAAAAUCAUUCCAUAAAAACACAAAACACACACACACGCACUAGAAAAAAUUAUGUCUUCAACCACCACCCAACCACCACCACCGCCGCCGCUGCCAACAUCGACCGCCGUCCAAAACCUAACACAAACAACCCUCACCGGAGUCGGAAACCUAAUCAAGCUCCUCCCCACCGGGACCGUAUUCCUAUUCCAAUUCCUAAACCCUCUCCUAACAAACAACGGCAAGUGCCACGUCGUCAACAAGUACUUAACGAGCUUCUUGAUCGCGAUUAGUGGCUUCUUGUGCUUCUUCGCCUCGUUCACCGACAGCUACACCGACAGCCAGGGCAACACGCACUACGGUAUCGUAACUGCCACUGGCCUUUGGCUGAUCACCCCUUCUUCUUCGACAGAUAAGCAAGAUUUUUCGACUUAUAGACUUCGGUUAGGCGACUUUGUGCAUGCGUUUUUCUCGUUGAUUGUUUUUGCUGUUGUGGCACUUUUGGACCCUAACUCCGUCGAGUGCUUCUAUCCAUCGUUCAAGUCUACAGAGAAGGUUCUCAUGGCUGUGCCACCUGUCAUUGGGGUUGUUUCUAGUGCGAUUUUCGUUUUGUUUCCUAAUAAUCGACAUGGAUUUGGGUACCCUUUUAUCCAGAACUCAACUCCAACUCCAACUCCAGCUUCUGCUUCUGCUUAAGAGUAUUUCUUCAAUAUGAGAAAGAGUCAAAUAAAAAGAAAAGAGAUUUGUGAUAAAGUGAUUAUUUUGGAGUGGAAUAAGUUCAAUUCUUCUUCACAAGGUAAUGGGAGUUUUAUAUUUCACGUUUUUAGUAUAUGUAAUAGAUAUUUUGUUUGAUGUAUUAUUGAUGUAUUUAAAAGUUGUUUGUUUAUGUAUGCCAUGAUUUUGUAAAAAAAAAUCUCUCACAAUAAUAUUAAUUGUUUGUUCUAAUUAAAGUUCUUGAAAUUAAGUUACUUAUUUCAUAUUGAAAUGUAUUUAUUUAGCAAAUUUCCAAUCAAUAUAAUGGCAGUAGCUAUAAAUCUUUGUUCUGAAAUCAAAUUCUUUGCAGAUCGGAACCAACGAAAUUCAAAAAUUAUAUUUUAUAAAUUCAUCCAUAAUAUAAAACAUAUGUAGUAAUAUUGAUAUUAUAAAUACGUCCAAAACCAUCACUCGAAAUUUGUCAAAAAAUAUCACUGAAAAGUCGUAAACUGUAGCUGAAUAUUGCAUCAAAGCGGCAAUAUAUAACGUCGAAUUUCAUCAGAAAUUCACCGGACUCCGAAUCAGU